GAGCUCUUCCGCCAGCGCUGCUCCAUGAUGGGCAUGCAGCAGCCGCCAAAGACCUCGAACUCGUCCCAGCUCCGAGUCGGACUCGUCGGACGAACAGCAGCAGCCUCGGCAGCAGCAGCCCGUCGUGCCAGUUCUCAGAGCAGCAAAAGGAGGCCAUCAAGCAGCGCUGGCGUGCGCGCGCCCUCCACGUCGUCGAGAAGCUGACUGGCGCGCAGGCGGCUCAAGCAUUCGCGCCAAACCUCACCGAUGACGCGUUCGAGCAGUGGUUUGCCAACAAGAUGACCAAGCGCGCUGGGCACCACCACCGCCGUCGCAACUGCUUUGGUGGCCGCUUUGGUGGUCGCUUCUGGCACCACCAUCACCAGCAGCAGCAGCAACAGCAGCAGCAGCAGCAGCAGGAUCAAACGCAAGCUCAAGCUCAGGCUCAGAGCUGUUUCACUCCGAGCGCGUUCGAUUCGCAUUGUGCAGCUACACCUUCCAGCUCAUCUGCGCCCGCCGAGUGUGCCGACGCCAACUGCGCUCAGUCAUCGGAAGUGUACGCAUGCGCGUCGGCUCCUUCUUGCACGGAUGCGUCUGCUUGCAUUGUCGACGAAGGACCGGCGGCUGCUGCUGCUGCUGCUGUCAAGCCCGCGCGAGCUCGUCCUGUGCGCAUCCAGUUCCUCGUGGAGGGUGCGCUCGUCCACGACAACGCCAAUGCAGCACAACAGCUCUUCCGAAACGUCACAGCCAUCAUUCGCGAGCAAGGUGCAGGCGACACUCCCAACAAGAAGGACAGCGUCGGCAUCAGCGUCUUUGGCGACGACCAGCUCGUCGACGUCCUGCCCAUGACCCGCAUCAACAAGGUCAACUGGGAGCAAACGAUGGCUGUCGGCACCAAGGCUGCCAUUCCCUGUGCCACAAGCAACCUCGGCGAUGCCAUCAAGCUGCAACUCGAGCUCACCGCCCAAGAAAUUUACGAAAACCCAAAGUGGGCCCGUGCCACCCAGUUCCUCGUUGUCGUCGCGAGUGGCGAAGACCACACAAGUGAUGCGCCCAUCAACGACGUGUCGCUGCUCCUUUCCGCUCACGUGGCCCAGUACAACACAAACCUGGCUGUUGUUGGCGUCGGUCUGACGCCCAGCACUCAAGGCUACAUUGACGCGCUAACCAAGGAUGCCAUGACCGUCAAGCCUGUCCAGAUGCUCCCAUGCGCUUCUGCCAACAUUGCUCCCGUCAUUCCACCGCUCGUUGCCAGCAUCGCCCAACAACGCGCCGCCAGCGCCCAAGCCCGUGCCACACACCGCAGCACCAAGCGCGAGGAGAGGCGCGCAGGCCACAUGAACACGUAAAAUUGUGCCAUCGCUGGCUUGCUCCAACGCUGUGCCAGUUGGGUUGCAUUGUAUAUCGUUUUCUCGUUUCGCUCGUAAAUAAUAAAAACCAUGGUUGUCGAAAGAAAUA